AUAAAGAAAAUAAGACCUGUUACCUCUUUUGUCCCACUUGUCGUCAUUGUACAGAGUUACCAGAAGAAGGAGUAGGAGCCUUCCCUGUAGCAUUCACUCUCAACAACCUCAAAGAGAUAUACAGUCUAAUGAAAAAAGUAGCUGAUCCUCAACAGGUCACCUGUGACAACUGUACUACAGCUAAUGCCACUGGAUACUGCAAAGACUGCAGUAAGUUUCUUUGUCAAAAGUGUAUGGAUGUACACAAGAUGUGGGCUCCUAUUGCUCACCAUCAGCUGACAAGUCUUGAUGAGGUGGCAGCCUCUGAUGUCUCUUCUACUUCUCAAUUGCUAGCUCCAGCUAAACAGGAGGCACCUCUCAUUUGUCCCAUACCAAGUCAUGAUGAGCCUUUAAAGAUCUACUGUGAAACAUGUGAUAGUGUUAUAUGUCGUGACUGUACAGUCCGUACUCAUAAAGACCAUGAAUAUGACUUAGUCUCUACCAGUUAUACUAAACACUGUCUAGAAUUGGAAGGUUCUCUUAAUCCGGUAAAAGGGGAAAUUGAAGCACUCAAGAAGGUCCUGUCUGCUCUAGCAGAGAGAGAGGGUGAGAUCAGAGAAAGAGGAAAAGGAGUCUUAGAAGAAAUACGCAAAAUGGUUGAGGAAAUGAUGAAUGUUCUUCAGAUAUACAGUCUAAUGAAGAAAGUAGCUGAUCCUGAACAGGUCACCUGUGACAACUGUACUACAGCUAAUGCCACUGGAUACUGCAAAGACUGCAGUCAAUUCCUUUGUACAGAAUGUAUCUCUACCCACAAGAAAUGGGCUCUUUUUGCUAACCACCAGCUGACAAGUCUUGAUGAGGUGACAGCCUCUGAUGUUUCUUCUACUUCUCAAUUGCUAGCUCCAGCUAAAAAGGAGGCAACCCUCACUUGCUCUGUACCUGGUCAUGAUGAUUCGUUAAGGUAUUACUGUGACACAUGUGAUGAAUCUAUCUGUCGUGAUUGUAUCAUGCUGGCUCAUAAAGAUCACAAGUAUAACUUAAUUGCUGAUAGUUAUACUAAACACAAAGAAGCACUGGAGAAAUCUCUUAAUCCGGUAAAAGAGAAAAUUGAAGGACUCAAGAAGUUCUCUCCAGAUGGAAAGUUUGUGAGUCAGUUUGGUACUUAUGGAUCUGGUCCUGUACAGUUUAAUAGAUCUGAAGUCUUCACUAGUGAUAGUGUGUUUGUUAGGAAGUUUGGAAGCAGAGGCAGUAAUAUUGAUCAGUUUCAUUAUCCCACUGGAUUAAAAUUCAAUAAAGAUGGAUUCUUGUAUGUUUGUGAUUUUUAUAACAACCGAGUUGUUGUUUAUUAG